AAAUCAUGUUACAAUCCAUCUCUUCUUCAUCAUCAUCAUCAUCAUCAUCACUAUCCACUUUCAAAUCAUUCUCAACAUAUCUUAUCAUCUUACUUUCAUUUCAGCUUCAAAUCAAAGCUCAUUCUACUAGAUCUGAACCAAUUCAAUCAGUUUAUCAACUCAACUCGGCUAGUUUACAAAUCUUACCUCGUCUAUCAUCUCAAUCUACUUCAUCAACUACUCUCAACAAACGAAACCUUUAUCCUCCUUCACCUUCUCACCUUCGUCACAAUGAUUCAAUUCUCUUACGAUUCUCAAUCCCUCCAUCUCAAAGAAACCCUUCAUCAACUCAGUUCUCAUUAUCAUUACAUCCAACUCCAGACUUGAUUCAUCCUGAUGCUAAAAUCAAUUAUCACUCAUUCGAUUCAGAUACCGGUCAAACUACUCUUACCACCCUUCCACUCCUACCAGAGCAUGUUUUGGCUUACACCGGUUGGGUCAUUGAUGAGUCUAGCCUUGAGACUUGGUGGGCCGAAGAACAUGCAUCAAUUGUAAGACCACCAGCUUGGGCUUCAUCUUUUGACGAUCCAAGGGUGUUGGGAUGGGCUAGGAUCUUGGUGCAUGAUACAACUCAAAUGAAAUCUCAUGAUCAUCUUGAUCAAUUAGUUUGGGAAGGUUCUUUCACCGUCAAGGGUCAACUGUGGCAUGUUAAACCGUUGGAGACUUUCAAUCAAAUGAGACAUUCAAAAGAUAUCAUGCCAAUCCCGAUGGCUUCGCAUGCUCGUGGUGGCCUUGUAGCUUGGUCUGAAGAUGAUGACGCUAUCCAGUCGGACAACACCUCAACUGAUUCUCAUAUCAAUGCUAUCUCCUCUCAAAAUCCUGCGAGCUGUGGACAUGACAAUUUAGCUUUCAAUGUCGAUCCUGAACAUCAGGUUUAUCAAACACCUUCAGCAUCAGACGCAUACAUAUCUAGCCAGUUUCAAUUCGGUCCUUAUGGUCCCUCAUCAUUAUCUACACCAUCAAUGACAACCCUCAUAGAAUCUCUUUUUGGCUUACCUAUCUCUCGUCCAAUGACCAACUCUAGAUCUCAGUUUGCUCAUCCCUCGCGCGUCAAUAACCUUCUUAAACGGCAAAUACUCUCUAGUGACAUCUCGGGCCUCGGAAACACCUCAAUGUCUAAUUUUAUCAACUCCAUUGGAACUACCACUGGAUGUCCUAUCGAAGCAAGGGUGGCCUUCAUUGGAGUCGCAGCUGAUUGUACCUAUGUAUCUCGAUAUGGAACUCAAGACGCAGCUCGAACCGCGAUCCUCAACAAUGUGAAUUCUGCAUCGGCAUUAUAUCUGAAGACUUUUAAUGUCUCAAUCGGUGUAGUCGAAUUGAAUGUUCAAUCAUCAGUCUGUCCCAAAUCACCCGAUCCAAAACUCCCUUGGAACAUUGGUUGUCCUGAAUCUGGUCCUCAGGGAUUAGACCUCAAUCAACGCUUGAGUGCCUUUAGUCAAUGGCGUGGUAACAAGGGCGGUAGCGAUGGAGCUGGACUAUGGCAUCUGAUGACAAAUUGUUCAACGGGUAGUGAAGUCGGGGUUGCUUGGUUAGGACAGUUAUGUCAAGUCGAUGCUACUGCUGGAUCAUCAGGUCAAGUCACCAGUGGGACAGGUGUCACCGCCUCUUCCGCAAAUGAAUGGACGGUCAUGGCUCAUGAAAUGGCUCACAACUUUGGUGCGAUUCACGAUUGUACAGGUGGAUGUAGUCUGACUAGCAGCUGUUGUCCAAUGUCAUCAUCAUCUUGUGAUACAAACUCUAAUUACAUCAUGUCGCCAGUCGCGACCAAGAAGAGUACUGCAUUUUCACCUUGUUCCAUCGGUAAUGUCUGCACUACCCUUCGAGAUUCGCUCAAUACGACUUGCUUGGUGAAACCUGGACAAAGAAGUGUUAUUUCUCUCCAACAGUGUGGUAAUGGAAUCGUCGAACCGGGUGAGGAUUGUGACCCGGGUCAAGGUUCAAGUCCAUGUUGUGAUGCGAAGACAUGUAAAUUCUCGAGUGGAUCAGUCUGCGAUCCUAUCAACUCACCUUGCUGCACAUCCACCUGUCAAUUUGCUUCGUCGGAUUUGGUGUGUCGGCCAUCGAUUGAUCCUCAAUGUGAUCAAGUAGAAAAAUGUACGGGUCGUGAUGCAAGUUGUCCUACUGAUGGAUUUGUCGAGAACGGGAAAAGUUGUGGGGAUUCUAGUGCCGGUCUUACCUGUGCAUCUGGAAUGUGUACGAGUCGAGAUCAACAAUGUCAAGUUCAUGGUACCUCACUUCGGUUGAAGAACGCUUGCCCUGCAUCGGCCACUUCAACUUGUCAAGUUGCUUGUGUUGAUCCAACUGGUCGAGCUGAUUGUGUUAUUCUGAGUAAUAACUUUGUAGAUGGGACCACGUGUGGGUAUGGAGGUAGGUGUUUACAAGGAAAGUGUCAGAGUGGAAGUGUAUUAGAUACUGCCAAGUCUUGGUUUAUGUCGAAUUUAUCGAUUGGAAUUCCAGUGGUCAUUGCGGCUGGAAUUCUAGGCUUAAUGAUCUUAUUGGCAAUCGGGAGGUGUCUAGUGAAUAUGUUCAGGCGAGGCGGAGCCAGAAGAACAUUCACUCCAUCCAAUGUUCCAAUCCUUCCUAAACCUGAAGAAGGCGUGCAGCCACCACCACCAUCACAUCCACACAACUUACAGCCUACGUUACAUCCGAUGUAUCUACCUCCUCCUGGUCCACCUCCGGUCGCACCUCAUAAUCAUAAUCAAGGUGGAUGGGUCGAUCCUACUGCUUGGAACGGCAGGGCUUAAACUUACUCAACUUAUCAAUACUUUUAACCAAAUUUUUAUAAUCACUUGAUUGCUCAUGCCUGGAAGAUAUAAACAUACACGGACCAUAUCUUUUUUCAUCAGACGGAGCCUUUGCAGGAUUCAUUACUUUUCCAUUCGAUACUUAAUCAUGCAUUUAUAUAUUAUCCGUAACACUUCUCUGGACAUCGCACUUGAUCUUGGUUUAAUUCAUUGGAUUCGAUCGAUCGCUCUACGUGCUCAGAAAAGGAAAUCAUCUUCAGAUCAAUCAAUAUCUUUCUGAACAAAAAUAAGGGUAUAUAGUUGAUCUUUGUAGGAUUGGUCUUCACUUUUCCAUCUCGUCGUUAUUUUCUAUUGUUCUAUUUGAAGUGUUAAGUGAUCCUGACAACCUUGCUGUAAUAAGAUAAAUAUAUCAUAUUAUCAUUAUUAGUUUUCUUUCAAUGCUUUUAAAUCUACUUACCGGUUUGUACUUCUCACUUUAGUUAAGACGGACUUUAUAGGCUAUCUCGUGUACAGUAUAUGCCAAGUCAAUAAUUUCAAGAAAAACAAACAAAUCUAGUCAAAGAAUAUUUUGCAC